UUGUGGACUCUGGAAUCUCCCAACAUUUGGAGAGAUUUCAUAAUGGCCUAAGCUACAAAGCCCACAACACUCUACUCUCUCAUUACACACAGUUGAAAAGCCUGUAACUGCUAAUUAACUUCCCUCUAUAUAUCAUCUCCUUAUUUUGGCGGCACCAAAACCGCCACUUCCCACUAACUCAUAUCCACUCACCACUUCUACUUCCUCGUAUCCAUUCUCUCUCUCUCUCUAGAUUUCAUAGUAUUUAGUAGUGGUUUGUUCCACGACAACAUAAGUUGUAAACUUUGAGAGAGAUUUUGCUCAAAACUCAAUGGGGGGCUCUGGCAAUUCUUUUUCUUUGUCCAGUCUCAUGUGUGAAGAAGUUGAAGCUACCUUCUUUGAAGAUGAAGAAAACACUUGCAUUGACUCAAUUGAAAACCCAUGUUUCGUUUUGGAGGAUGAUGAUGAUGAGGAAUAUAUUGAGUACUUGUUCAGACAAGAAACGGGGCUUGGGAUUGGAUCCCAGAUUCAUUUCUUGUCUUGUGAUGAUGAUCACUCAGAAAGAUGCUGGAUGAUGAGUGCUCGUUUGGAUGCCAUUGAUUGGAUUUUCAAUACACAAGCCAGAUUUGGAUUCUGUGUUCAGACAGCUUAUUUAUCAGUCACUUAUUUUGAUCGGUUUCUUUCCAAGAGAAGCAUUGAUGAAUCAAAACCUUGGGCUAUUCAAUUGUUAUCAGUGGCAUGUUUAUCACUGGCUGCAAAGAUGGAAGAGCAAAGGGUGCCUCCUCUGUCUGAAUAUCCAAUACAAGGAUAUUGUUUUGAGAACAAAGUUAUUAAGAACAUGGAGCUUCUGAUUUUGAGUACCUUGGAAUGGAGAAUGGGAUUAGCAACUCCUUUUGCUUAUUUGCAUUACUUUGUUAGCAAGUUCUUCCCUGGAUCCAGACCAGAAACAAUAAUCACAAAAGCCACAGAACACAUUGUGACCAUGGUCAGAGAUGUUAAUUUGAUGGACCAAAGGCCAUCUAUAAUUGCCUCUGCUUCCAUAUUGGCUGCUUUUGAUGCUACAUUAACAAAAAAGGCUAUUGAUCUUCGCAUUAGCCUAAUCUCAUCAUGGGGAAAUAUAGAAAGUGAACAUGUAUUUUCCUGUUACAAUCUUAUACAGGAAAAGACUAGAGACAAAGUUAAGACACCUUCCUCAACUUUAUUGUCAAGCUCCACGUGUGUUCUUGAGAACCAAUCUAAUACUUCAACAGGAAUUAAGAGAAAGCUUUGUUAUGAGGACAGUGAAAAUUGUUCUGAACCAAAGCUACUUCGGCCUUAGUUUUGCACCUCGCAAGAGUUUGUCUUCUCUAUAGAAUGAAGAAAAAUAUUUAUUGGUGUUUGUUUACUGAUUGGAUUAUAGGAUCUUUUUUUCCACUGAAAAAUUGUUAUGGUUAGUUUAUAGGCCUAAUGAGUGUCAUCCACCAUUUUUGUGGAAUUAUUUGGUAUUCUUGAUUGAGGUUUUGUUUCUGAAUACCCAACUUCCUAGAGUGACAACCAAGAAGAUAGAGAAAAAGAACGAGUAAAUAAAUAACAAGUGGUUUAGCUACACCUUAAAGUAAGUGUGAAGGUGAGUUAAAGUUCACAAGCAUUGAGAAUGAGGUGAAAUGAAAGAUGUUACAUGUGUGAAAGCUAUUGAAGACUAUUUCUCCAAAGCCAUAGUGCUUGCUUUCUUCAACUGCUCCUACUAUACAUUUCUACUUUUUCAACUGCAUUUCCUUCUUUCACUUUUUUUUUUUUGCUGUGAUGGGAAUUAUUUGUUGAAAUAUGUAUACAAUAAUAGCAAUAGCAAUUUAUACCCAUUGAUGGGAGCUUGGGAUGCUUUCUAUGUAUUGGGAAAGGCUUCAAUGGAGAAUGGGGAAGUGGUCUUGUUUGAUUUGAUGUAUCUUUGCAGCAUUUGGGUUGGGGCAUUGAUAAAGCUUGUAAAAGUUGAAUGUGAUAUUUGAUUAUUUUGUGUUUGCUUGGGA